UUCCUGCUUGGCGAAGGUGAGGCACUUCCGGUUCGAGCCUCGGUGGAGCCGGAUGACGUGGCUGUUCGGCAACAGUAGUGGCGUUGACGGCCGGAUCUGUGUAUCUUGGAAGGUAGAGGUCUGGUAGCGGUGCUGAGUACCUGACAACAGCUGGGUGAUUAAAGUGUUCAGCUCUCCAGGCCUCCUAAGAUGGUUCUGUUUAAUAGUAUACAGGCGCUGCUGUUUCUCCUUGUGGACGUGCUUCUUUUUGUAAAGGCUGAUGAACAUGACCACACGUAUAAACCUAAAGAAGAAGUGGUAUUGUGGAUGAACACAGUAGGACCUUACCACAAUCGUCAGGAAACAUACAAGUACUUUUCAUUGCCUUUUUGUGCGGGGUCAAAAAAGACCAUAAGCCAUUAUCAUGAAACAUUAGGAGAAGCACUUCAAGGAGUUGAACUAGAAUUUAGUGGUUUGGACAUCACGUUUGCUGAGGAUCUUAUGCAAACAACGUACUGUGAAAUUGACUUGGAUAAAGCAAAAAGAGAUGCAUUUGUGUAUGCCAUAAAGAAUCACUACUGGUAUCAGAUGUACAUCGAUGAUUUACCAAUUUGGGGUAUUGUUGGUGAAGCAGAUGAGAAUGGUGAAGAUUAUUACCUGUGGACUUACAAAAAACUUGAAAUUGGUUACAAUGGCAAUCGGAUCGUAGAUGUAAACUUAACGAGUGAAGGAAAAGUCAAAUUGGUGCCAAACACCAGAAUUCCAAUGUCAUACUCUGUGAAAUGGAAGAAGUCCGAUGUGAAGUUUGAAGACAGAUUUGAUAAAUACCUAGAUCCAUCAUUUUUUCAGCACAGGAUUCAUUGGUUUUCCAUAUUUAAUUCCUUCAUGAUGGUUAUUUUCCUUGUUGGACUUGUUUCCAUGAUUCUUAUGAGGACACUGAGAAAAGAUUAUGCAAGAUACAGCAAAGAGGAAGAGAUGGAUGAUAUGGACCGAGAUCUGGGGGAUGAAUAUGGGUGGAAGCAAGUACAUGGUGAUGUUUUUCGGCCUUCUAGCCAUCCUUUAAUAUUCUCAUCUCUGAUUGGUUCUGGAUGCCAGAUUUUUUCAGUGUCUUUUAUUGUCAUCAUCGUAGCAAUGUUAGAGGACCUCUACACAGAGAGAGGAUCCAUGCUCAGUACUGCUAUAUUUGUGUAUGCAGCUACGUCACCUGUAAAUGGUUAUUUUGGUGGAAGCCUUUACGCUAGGCAAGGAGGGCGAAGAUGGAUUAAGCAAAUGUUCAUCGGAGCCUUCUUAAUUCCAGCCAUGGUGUGUGGCACUGCGUUUUUCAUAAACUUUAUUGCUAUGUAUUACCAUGCUUCAAGAGCCAUUCCUUUUGGGACAAUGGUUGCAGUCUGCUGUAUUUGUUUCUUUGUUAUUCUGCCAUUGAAUCUGGUGGGCACAAUUCUGGGAAGAAAUUUGGCAGGGCAGCCAAAUUUCCCUUGUCGUGUUAAUGCAGUACCACGGCCAAUCCCCGAAAAGAAAUGGUUCAUGGAACCAGCUGUGAUCGUUUGCUUAGGAGGAAUUCUACCAUUUGGCUCAAUAUUUAUUGAGAUGUAUUUCAUCUUCACAUCCUUCUGGGCAUACAAGAUAUAUUACGUGUAUGGCUUCAUGAUGUUAGUCCUUGUAAUUCUUUGCAUUGUGACCGUCUGCGUCACUAUCGUUUGCACUUACUUUUUACUGAAUGCAGAAGAUUACAGGUGGCAGUGGACAAGCUUUCUUUCAGCAGCAUCUACAGCAAUAUAUGUUUAUAUGUAUUCCUUCUAUUACUACUUUUUCAAAACAAAGAUGUAUGGUUUGUUUCAAACAUCAUUCUACUUUGGUUACAUGGCAGUUUUCAGCAUUGCCUUGGGAAUAAUGUGUGGAGCUAUUGGUUACAUGGGAACAAGUGCCUUUGUUCGAAAGAUAUACACUAAUGUGAAAAUUGACUGACUAAUACAAGGAAGACGAUCGGGAACUAUGGAUCAGUUGCCAUUUUUUUAUGUUGGGCAGGAACUUGUAUAAUAGAGUCUGCAAGAAGAGAAUGGGUGUGACACUGGGUACAGUGCAAGUCUCCAUUUCAUGGAUGGCUAAAAGUAACAUCUGUUUUCAUUGAUCCUUGGUUCUUACUGACUGCUUUCUCCAAAUGUUCACAGCAAAUGCUUGAAUUAUAUGCAGUAUGCAUUAUUACCGUACACGACUAAUCUUCCCAGCUACUAGCUCAUUAAUGAUGAAUAGACUAGCUCUCUUCAGUGAAGAGGACAACCAGUUUAUUAAAGCAUUUGUUCUAUUGAUUAAAAAGAGGGAAACUUGGCUGCUUAAACUAAUUGGUAGUCUUUCUGGCUUUUUCAAGUUUCUGCGAUAUCUUGAGAUGCCAUCCCAGAAAGACCUUUUGCCCUAAUUUCUGUAGCCAUUGCUAAAAGAGGUAAUGUACUGCUAUGUUUUAUAUCUUGACAUUGGGGUGCUUUAUGGUUUUGUUUGCAGUAACAAAUUUAGCAACACCCAAGUUUGUAAAGAAAUAAAAAGUGCACGUAAUAUAUCAUACACAAUUCAGUUGGACCAACUUCCUUUUCUGUGUGUUUAUCGUGAAAGCAGAGUAUCCAGUAAAAUCAGAUUUUUUUACACAUCCAUCCAAAGAACACUUGUGCAGAAGACAACAGAAGUAUGUUUUCUAAACUGCAAUUUACUGUACAGUUAAAAGGCAAAGGCCUGUUAGACUUGGUCAUUUGUUUUAUUGAACAUUUUGAAGUCUAGGUAAUAAAAGGUUUUUAACUGAA